UUGUUUUCUCAUCUCCGAUCUCUGCGUCCUGCUCUCUCCAUCGCUACCCCUCGUUCCUUCCUUACUAAUCUCUCUGAUCGGAUUCGUGGUGUUGUUAGUGUUCUUUUUUUGUUGUUGUUCUUUCUUUUCUUUCUUUUUUGUUAUCAUUUACAUAAAAAGAAAGAAUGGGACAACAAUCGUUGAUCUACAGCUUCGUCGCUCGUGGUACGGUGAUCCUCGCCGAAUAUACCGAGUUCAAAGGUAAUUUUACCUCCGUCGCCGCUCAGUGCCUACAGAAGCUUCCGUCCUCCAACAAUAAGUUUACCUACAAUUGCGAUGGUCACACUUUCAAUUACCUCGCUGACAAUGGCUUCACCUAUUGUGUUGUUGUUGUCGAAUCUGCUGGGAGGCAGAUACCAAUGGCUUUCUUGGAGCGGGUCAAGGAGGAUUUUAGCAAGAGAUAUGGUGGUGGGAAAGCUUCCACUGCUAAAGCCAACAGCUUGAACAAAGAAUUCGGGUCUAAACUGAAGGAGCACAUGCAGUACUGUGCGGAUCAUCCUGAGGAGAUUAGCAAAUUGUCCAAGGUUAAGGCUCAAGUGACUGAAGUGAAGGGUGUUAUGAUGGAGAACAUUGAGAAGGUCCUUGACCGUGGUGAGAAAAUCGAGUUAUUAGUAGACAAAACUGAGAACCUUCGCUCACAGGCACAAGAUUUUAGAACACAAGGAACAAAGAUGAAAAGAAAGUUGUGGUUUGAAAACAUGAAGAUAAAGCUCAUAGUCUUUGGUAUCGUCGUUGCUUUGAUUCUCAUCAUCGUUUUGUCGGUUUGCCCGGGCUUCAAGUGCACUUAAACUCAACCACCCAGAUGGAUGUAUCAGACCAACAUUGCUACUAAGCUGAUUAGAGAUCCUCCCAGUAUAGUUAUUCCCUCUUCUCGUUCUCUUUGUAUUUUCCUACUCUUAGGCAUAAAAAUGUGACUCCGUAACCAAGAAUGAUCUUUAGGAAUUCAUUUGUUUGUAAGAGAGAUUGAAAGCCUUUCUUUUCUUUUACUUA